AGAUGCGAGCGAGACGCGGCUGCGCAUGUUUCUACCGGGCUUUACGUUUUUUUCAAACGUUUCUUACCGCUAAAAUGACAAAAUCCGCAUUAUUUUCGACGUAACAAGAGUUCAAAAACAAAAUGAAGUGUCAGUUUUUACAUUUAGUUCCGUGAGUGUUGAUUAUUGUGUGAUUAAACGACACAGCAGAAGUAUAACAAAUGUGUGUGAUCCAUGUGUGAAUGUUAGUGCUACAUAAUGUGGUCGAGAAACUUUAUACCGGAUUAUGGGAUUAGACUGCUGUCUGCUGCUGUUUUGCUGUGGACCAUAGCAGUUAGGAUCGACGGUGUCGAAGGUUUCGUGUCCUGUUCGCCAUCUCCUUGCAAGAACGGCGGUACCUGCUUAUCCACACCACGAGGAGAAUAUUUCUGCAACUGCACGUCUCGCUUCGCCGGGGAAUUCUGCCAGCAUCUCAACCCCUGUCAUAGUGAAUCGAGUCCGCGAUGUCAGAACGGAGGUUCUUGCAGGGUCCGCCCUGGCAUCAGCGGAGCGCCACCGUCCUUUGCCUGCGACUGUCCUCUGGGCUUCAGUGCAUCAUUAUGCGAGAUCAGAGUGCCUGCCGCUUGUGACUCAGCACCAUGUCUGAACGGAGCCACAUGUAGACUAACCUCAUUGUCUACGUACGAGUGUGAUUGUCCACCUGGUUAUACAGGUGCUGAAUGCUCGCAUGAAGACCAUUGCGCCUCCCAACCAUGUCGCAAUGGAGGACGAUGCGUAGCAGACAACACAACAGCGGCUGGGUACUCCUGUGUCUGUCCGCCUGGUUUCACAGGCUCUAGAUGUACAGAAGACGUAGUAGAGUGCUCGAGUGGGUCAGGACCUUGUCAUCACGGGAGAUGCUUCAAUACUCACGGCUCGUACACUUGUGUGUGUGAGCCUGGUUAUACUGGACGGGACUGUGAUGCUGAGUAUGUCCCAUGCGAACCAUCGCCGUGUCUUCAUGGUGGAAGAUGUACGCCACUGGAUCAGCUCAGAUACGAAUGCGAUUGUCCUACAGGAUACCGAGGUCAGAAUUGCGAGAUUGACAUCGACGACUGUCCAGGCCACUUAUGUCAGAACGGAGCGACAUGUGUAGACGGGCUCAACUCCUACACUUGCGAAUGUCCACCAACGUUCACCGGCUCCCUUUGCGAGACUGACGUCGAUGAGUGUGCUUUGAGACCCCUGGUAUGCCAGAAUGGUGCUACCUGCACCAACUCCGUCGGUGGUUUCUCAUGCAUAUGCGUGAACGGCUGGACUGGACCAGAAUGUUCUGUCAACAUCGACGACUGCGCCGGCGCAGCUUGCUUCAAUGGCGCGACCUGCAUAGACAGGGUCGGCUCUUUCUACUGCAAGUGUACUCCUGGGAAAACGGGCCUCCUCUGUCAUUUGGAUGACGCGUGCACCUCCAAUCCCUGUCACGCUGACGCCAUCUGCGAUACCAGCCCAAUUAAUGGUUCCUAUACUUGCUCCUGCGCAUCUGGUUACAAAGGCCUCGACUGUUCUGAAGACAUUAACGAAUGCGAGCAAGGUUCCCCGUGUGAACAUGAUGGUAUCUGUGUGAACACGCCUGGAUCCUUCGCCUGCAAUUGCUCCGUCGGCUUCACUGGACCCCGCUGUGAAACAAACGUCAACGAAUGUGAGAGCCAUCCUUGCAGGAACUAUGGCUCUUGUUUGGACGAUCCUGGCACCUUUCGAUGUGUCUGCAUGCCUGGUAAGUUGGAUAAUAGUUUUAGCACAAAACUCACAGAGUAGGGGCCUAAUUGUCUAAUUUUAAAAUCGAUCGCAACCCCUAUUAGACAUCUGAUAGCGAUUGCACUCGCGACGAUUCGUUGAAAGAAAUUGAAUGAACGAUAUCGUUUAUUAGAAUUGUAUAAGCAAAACAGUAAAUGCUUGAAAACUAUUGAGAAAUUUCAAACGAAAGAGUUGAUUAUUAAGAUUCUAGAUCGGUCCAAAAGCGAUUGCAAAUUUAAAAGUCACAUAAUAUCAAAAUUUUAAAAAUAGAUUGCGAUAGAAUUUAAAUUUACAGAAUUAGCCCAAUGAAUUGCAGGACCAUCAUUAGUUCUGUUUUGUUAAUUUAAUUUAUUUUAUUUUAUUUUUCAUGGUAGAUCAACGGUUGCAUACUUGCAACUUACAAUAUCAAUACAUAAAUCAGAUAACCAAUUAUAGAUCCACACAGUUAGCCUUAAAAUUAGGUAACAAUUUUGAGUUCACUCGGUAGUUGUGAGGUAUGACAGACACAUAUUACACAAAGGACACACGCAAAUAACACAUUUCUUCUUUUUCCCUUAUUUCUCGGAUAGUUAAGAAAAGAAAAGGAGUUAUAGUUGGCUGGGUAGUUUUGGAUUUGUAUUUUAAGAUAACACUUAAGCUAAAGAAGUCAGGCGAGUGAUUUAUUUUAUUUG